AUGAUCGGAAAACGAAAGAGAGAUACAGCUGUUGUGUCAAGAUCUUUCAAGACAGAAGACGAAGAACAGACCUCUACUGUCCCAGAUACCUCUUCUGCUCAUGACCUGUUCCGGAGAUUCUUCGAGGCACAAUUUGAGCCCUUAGAGUUGCCUGAUGGACAGAUCAAUUGUGGGCAAGAGUCGCAAAAAGACGAGCAGGGUUACAAUGAUGGAUCGGAGUCUGGGUCGGAAUGGGAUGGUGUGUCCGAGGAGGAGGAAAGCAACCAGGUUGAGGUUGUCGAGUACCAGGACAGAACCACGAAGGAGAAGGAAUUACUGGACAAAAAAGCCCGGAAGGCUUUUAUGACCGCAAAGCCACCUACAUUGUCUACAGAGUCGACAACCAGAAAACCUGCUUCCAAAAAGGCCAAGAACGAAAAGGAGGAUGACGAUGAUGAUGAUGUUAUGGAUGCGGAACACCUAAAGAAUGAUCUUGCUUUGCAACGAUUGCUCAAGGAGUCUCACCUUUUGGACUCCGCAUCGGAACUUGCGCCAACCGGCAAAAACCGUCUGAAAGCUCUAGACCUGAGGAUGCAGUCUCUCGGGGCCAAAACAUCGCUCUAUCAGCAGAAUAUGCCUUCGUCGCUCCGUAGGGGGAUCAAAGCUAAGGCACUGACGAAGGAGGAGAAGCGACGACGAGAAGCUAAGGAGAAUGGAAUCAUUCUCGAGAAGCCGACGCACAAAUCGAAAGUCACUAAGGGACGGCGUGAACGUGGCAUCGCAGGUCCUGGCAUCGGAAAGCUCUCAGGUGGAACUUUGAAUUUGAGCAAGCGAGACAUUGCCGUGGUUCAAAGCUCGCGCCGCUCAAUUAGAGGAGGCAGAGGAAAAACGAAGACAAGGGGACGGCGAUAA